CGCGUAAUGCGGCAAAUUAAACCUCAGUAAUAAGUAAUAUUAAUAAAUACUGUGAGAAAUGUUGAAAAUUAGGUAUUUAUUGCAAGUGUCGCCAAAUUUAAAUAUGGCACACAUGCCAAGUAGAUGGCAGCAGCUUGGAUUGGCGGCAGCAACGACAAGGCAUUUUCAGACUAGUGGACAACAUUUUAAGCGCCGAAAAACAGCAGAGGAAAAGAAAUCCCCCAGAAUUAUUGAAUAUUCGCCAAAGAAACCUCAAUCGGCAGAUGGAUUUUCCGCUUCUUCUGCUUCCAGUUCAGGGAUUUGGCGGCACAUGACAGUUGCCCAACUGGCCAAGGCUCUGCAGCGUUCGUUGGACGAUGUUCAGGAGGCAAUGCUGUAUGUGCCUGGCGCGGACAAUAUAGAGCCAAACGCCCGGCUAGAAGACUUGAAACUUAUACAGGAUAUUUCCAAGAAACUAGGCUGUAAGACGCGCGUCGUAGCGGCACCCGAUAAUAUUCUGGAGGAUGACCUCAAGGAGCGGGAUGUGGCUCCUAGGCCCCCAGCCUCGCCAGAGCAAUUAAAACCCCGCCCACCUGUUGUUACCGUCAUGGGCCAUGUGGAUCAUGGCAAAACCACGCUUUUGGACUCGUUGCGUGGCGCUGAUGUGGCUGCUGGCGAAGCCGGUGGUAUUACACAGCAUAUAGGCGCCUUUACAGUUACAAUGGAGAAUGGGGAACGGAUGACUUUUUUGGACACUCCCGGCCACGCUGCGUUCAGCGCGAUGCGCGCUCGUGGCGCUGUGGCGACAGACAUUAUAGUACUGGUCGUAGCAGCGGAAGAUGGUGUGAUGGCUCAAACGAGAGAGGUCAUACAAUUGGCCAAAGAUGCGCAGGUGCCAAUUAUUGUGGCACUAAACAAAAUCGACAAGCCAGAGGCGAACAUUGAGAAAAGCAAAAGCGAGUUAGUCCAAAUGGGACUCGCGUUGGAGGAGUAUGGUGGUGAGGUGCAAGUCAUACCAAUAUCAGCGCUUAAAGGCACGAAUCUGCAGCUUCUUGCAGAGGCUGUUAGCACGCAAGCCACACUCAUGGGCCUGAAAGCAGACUAUACCGGCCUCGUUGAGGGAAUUGUGGUUGAAUCCAAGACUGAUCCACGUCGAGGCAAGUUGUCCACGGCCAUUGUGUCUCGUGGCACACUGCGCAAGGGAGCGGUUCUUUUGAGCGGCAUGGCGCAUGCCAAAGUGCGUGGGCUCUUCGAUCACAAUGGCCAACCCUUGUCUGAGGCCCCACCAGGUACUCCCGUCGAAAUUUUGGGUUGGCGCGAACUACCGCUGGCUGGUGAGCUUAUCCUGGAAGUGGAAAGUGAGAAAAAGGCGCAUUCGGUGCUCAAAUACCGUGAACACGAAUCACAGCGCCAAAAAAUAGAGUCUAGCGGCGACGACAUACGGAAGAAGGAGGAAGAGCAUCAUGCCAAGUAUCGGGCCGAGCGUGAGGCACGACGCUUGGCCGGAAGAUUUCGCAUGCGAGGUGGUCAGCGUGUGAAGGAGAACGUUACAAAUGAUGACACCCCCCGUGUCAGCGUAAUAGUCAAGGGUGAUGUGCAUGGCUCUGUGGAGGCCAUACUCGAUGUGCUGGAGACGUAUAAUAGUAACGAUCGCUGUCGCCUAGAUAUUGUGCAUUAUGGUGUGGGCAAUGUAACGGAGGGAGACCUGGAGUUGGCCAAAGCCUUCAAUGCAGUAAUCUAUGCAUUUUCCGUAGAGACUCCGCAAAUAAAGGCGACUAAGGAGGUCAAUGUGCGUACAUACAAUGUUAUCUAUAGGCUCAUUGAUGAUCUGAAGGAGCAAUUAAGCAGCAAAUUGCCGCCCGUCGAAGUGGAGGAAGUGCUCGGCGAGGCCAAUGUGCUACAGCAGUUCUUCAUUAAUGAGGGACGAAAGGAGGUACCUGUGGCCGGCUGUCGCUGCACCAAAGGUGUGCUGAAGAAAUCUCAAAAGUUUCGGCUGCUACGCAAUGGUGAAGUGAUCUACGAUGGUGCUCUGGAGUCCAUGCGGCAUCUAAAGAACGAGGUGGAGUCCAUUAAGAAGGAUGUAGAGUGUGGGUUGAGGUUUCUGGACAACAAGGUGAUUCCACAACCGGGUGAUACCAUGAUCUGCUACACCACGCAUACAGAAAAACAAAAAACAGAUUGGGAUCCAGGAUUUUAGUUAAGGCACAACAAUUUGCUAUCGCUUGCCUGUUUCGUUAACUACUUAUGUAAGUAUGUGAGAGGUUUUAAAUCUUCUGGUUGCAAGAAAGGAAUUGUUCAUGUUGAAAACAAAUCUAUAAUGCUACAAUAUUUGUAAGAAUGGGCUAGCUUGUGUUGGAGAACAAACCGAUCUUAUAAUAGCUGAUAUGUAUAAGCCUGAAACUAUAAAUGAAAUGUGUAUAAAUGAAAUAAACAGCUUUGUUACAUGAA